ACAUACAACUUUGAACUUGAAACGGAAUGAAACAAAUACAAGCAAAACCCUAACAGUAAUCAUGUCCAUUCAAACCGUUUAUUCCCUUUUUAUUUUAAAAGCCGUGAAUGCUUACAGGAAAGUGGCAAUUUAAAAGUGAAUGGAGGGAAGCAGUUAAGAAACAUGAAAGGCUAGGCAGGACGGCUUUAAAACCGGAGGAAAAAUGAGGAACUGCUAAGGCGAGCUGGCCUGCAUCCAGCUGUGCAACAGGCUCUUGGUUUUAACCUAUUGCGUUCUCCGAUGCUGUUUUCCGGCCCCAGAUUUACUUUGGUGUUGUUUUCUCUUUUCCUGUAGAGACUUUAAAGGAUGUUGUGAAAAUAAGGCAUUACCGGAAGCAACAGUUUGGCAGCCUGGGGUAUUAUUCAGGUUAUUAGUUACAACUAUUAUUAUUUUGAUGUCUUUUUUUAACCCAGGCCAGCCACUUUUUACUGUCAUCCAUGGAAAGGCUCUUAUUAACCGCCUCAGACUUUGGGGAUCUAUGAUUCUUUGGCAUGACCCUUCGGAAAGUUCUUAAGCGGGGAUGGAGCAAUCUUGAUUUAAGUUGUGGAAAAAGAAGACAGAUUUGUAUUUUUCAUGCUGACAAAAAAUAGCUGCUAUGACUUUUCCGGCAACGUGGACAGGGGCCAAGUGAAGCUGAACUGGUCAUGGUCUGUCGUCCAGUGUUCCUUUGUCGUCGGCGAUUUUGCCCCCGGCCCUUCUUGGUGGGCUUGGUGGUGGCAAUCUGUCUCUUCUACCAGACUCUGACGCUCCGAGGGACGAGGAAGCUUACAGCUGCUGUCCCUGGGGCUGCCCCAAACACACCCACCGAAACCCAGGCAAGCAGAUGCCAGAAAGGAUUCUCUGUGGACAAACAGUGCUUCCUUCUCUCUGGUAAUGCACAGGAAAUCGGAAAGAUCGAAGAAUCAAUUGAGACACACUUUGGCAGCCAUGGCAGAAGGGCCGUACUCUACAGGCCUCCUUCCUACAGCAAAGCGGAGCUUCGGUUCCUCCAGCACAUUCUCACUCAGCAUCGCUACACGGUUGUCAUCGCUGAAGAAAGACUUGAUGCUGGUGUUGGGCUGGGGCUGCUAGAAAAAGGUGAUUUGGGCACCUGGGAUCUGCUCAUUUGCCUGUCUUCUAGGAAAGCUGGUGGAAAACCGUGCAUAUCCACGGAGGACAUGUGCCAGUUAGCUUUACAUCAAAAGGUAAACAUAUUACCAGAAGUGCAGCAUCAGCUUUGCAGAAAGGAAGGAUUAUGUCAAAUAAUUAGAAGAUUUCCAGAACUGCGACUUCUGGUGAGCCCCUCUGUGUGUCUGGAUCAGAGCAUACAGUUAAAGCUGAAUACUUCAAGUCACCUUUUAAAAACAGUGAAGCCACAUAUGUGGAAACAUUGGGACUGGAGGCGUGAAGAGCUGAAUCGAACAACAGUCCUUGCUCCACAUGAAGCAAUCUUUAGAGCUGAAGAUCUAUCUGUGAUUCUUAAAGCAUAUGUGUUGGUGACAUCCUUAACCCCUUUACGUGCAUUCAUUCAUUCUACUGGCACAGUUUGGAAUCCACCAAAGAAAAAACGCUUCACUCUCAAGCUGCAAACAUUUUUUGAGACAUUCCUGAGAGCCGGUUCACCUCUUCAGGCCUUUGAGAAUAUGAAGGAAGCAAUUAGCAAACUCCUGCUAGCGGCUGAGGUAUUCAGUGAAACAUCUACUCUGGGACCAAAGGUCUUCAAUAGAUGCAGAUUAUGUUUUCAACUUUUAACUUUUGAUAUUGGUUACGGCAAUUUCAGGUACCCUGUAGUGCUCCAAGUGCACGAGCAUUUACGUUUUCAAGAUGAUGAUAAUGUGGAUUUUGAGGACCAAAACACAGAAGAAUUCCUUUUAAAAGACACUUUCAAUUUUCUCUUCUCUAAUGAAUCUUCGCUUUCCAUAUUUUCUGAGAUAUUUCAGAGACUUUAUAGAUCAGGUGUAUUUAAAGGUGAAAACUAUCAAAAGGAACUAAAUCAAUGCCUGUCUUUAGAGGAGAUUAACUCAAUUAUGACUUUCAUAAAGGAACUUGGGAGUUUGGGACGAUUCCAAUUGCUCUUCCCGUCUACUACUCCUGAGAUUCAGUCUUUGAUGCGUGAAUUUUACGAUACAGCAAAUCCUAUGGGGAAACCUGAUUCAGUUCUGACUCAAUACUUGUCUCUUCUAAAUGUAUCUGAACAAUUUCAGCUCCUGAAUAAAAAAGCACAGCUACAUCCACUGGAAUGGAAUUCUUUCUCAGAGGAUGAGAACGCUGAAAAACCACAAGUGCCAUUUGAUGCAACUGAAAAUAAAAAAGCUGUGGUUCCACAAAUUGUGAAUGAAACCAAAGAAGUACAUUGCAUUAAUGAUAAAGACACACAAUGUCAUAUUAAGCAGAUCUUCACACAUCCGCAUUUGAAACUAAAUCCCGAAUUUAACCCAAAGAUCAAAGAUUAUUACUCUGAAGUCCCAUUCGAUGUGGUAACAGUGACAAUUGGAGCGGAGACUUCUAGAUGUCAGUGCAAGGUGUACCUGCAUGAACGGGCAGGACCAAGCUUUGGUAGCUACCCUCUGGGCUUAGGAAUGAACAAAAUCUCAGUGCUUGUGGUGGAUGAAUCUCCAGCCCAGAGUGAGACCCUGAUCACAUACAAACUCACCAUCUACAGAGAAGAUCGUCCAAGUCUGCCCUUGUUUGAGGACUUCACAGCAUGUGGUUUUGUGCAGGACUGUGGCUUACUGAUUCACCCGGAGGAAACCUGUGGGUUACAGCCUAUUUCCUCUGACUACAUUGAAGCCAUUUCACAGCGUGAGAUAAAGAUUUGUCCAUCUGGGGACACAAAAGGCCAAUGGAUCGUGCCUUGCCUUAGUUGUUCAGACAACAGGACCUGUGACUGGAGAGAAAUAACUUGGCAACCCCACAACUGCCAAUAUGGUGCCCUAACUAAGCCUCAACUACAGCAGUGCCUGGGAGGAAGGAAGAUUCUUUUCAUUGGAGAUUCAACCAACAGAGGAAUAAUGUACUAUCUGAUUGAAAGACUGAAUGAAACCUUGCAGGAAUGGCAGAAAGUGCAUGGCACUAAAUUCUACCACAACGUCAAUAGUGGGAAGACUUUGAUCGGUUAUUCCUACUAUCCCCAGUUCUGGAUAAGCCCUUCAUUGAGACCAACGUUUGAAAAAGCACUUGAACACCUCUUGCAAAGAUCACGUCCCUUGGAGAAUACCAGACAGACUGUAUUGGUCGUUGGUGGUGUUCAGUGGCUUAAUUCCAAUCACCUGCAAAUUAUUCACAAGGUUUUAAAAAGGGAAAAUUUACUCAAUAUCCUUGUGAUCAUCAAAACCUUGGGAAUUGGGUUUCAUCUGCCAGUGCAUGGAGUGCAUUUCCUAACACAGGGUGAAGUUCAGAACUUAUGGAAAGAAAAUUUGAUUAUUCUGGAUGCUGCAAAAAAAUAUGGCUAUGAAGUGGUUGACACAUUCACUAUAACAAUGGGGCGAUACAAAGAGUUUCUGCAGGGGACAUGUGGAUGCCAUUUUCAUGAGGUAGUGAAAUCAAAGUUAUCCACAGAGUAUCACUUUAUUAAAAUGAAACGAUCAAGAAAUCAUCUUGUGGGAAAAUAUUUCAGCAAUCAAAGCAAACGACAACAAGACUCUGCAACAAACUUUCAAUCACCGUAUCAUGUCAAAGGUCCAAUUAACCAGGUUUGCUCUGAAAUCCUCCUCAGCAGGAUGUGUGCGAGUCAAAGAACUGUGUAGACUUCCUGAGAAGGACUGAAUUUGGAGUUGGAGACAAACCACUCACCUGGAUGCUGGUCUAGAAACCAAUCCUGUGCAACUCAUGCGUUUUGGAUCCACUGCAUGUGCUCAUGCACACCAGCACACGUGUUCACACCAGCGCACAUAAUGCUAAAAAAAGUAAUAAUAACACUUUUUCUACAGCUUUAUAAAGUCAAGAUGUGCACUUGAAAAUCUGUUGUUUUCAAAGUGAAAGAUAGAGCCAGAAAAAGGUUAUUUGAACUAUAAUCACAAACUAGAACUACUGUGGGCCAGGUAUUGCAUUCUGAUAAAGAGAAAUAUAGACAUUUGAAUUGUGUGGAAAAAAGAGGAUAAUGCUCUUGAGUAUUGUGUUAUCUUCUCUAUGGGUACAUUAAUACUGAAAAGGGGAAAAGCAAUUACAUUCCACUUGCAAGUAAGGAUUGCUCUGUGUCCCUUACUAGGAGAAAAUGGGGCGUUUAUGAUGGCUUAGCCUUUGUGAAUCUAAUGCUUAUGAAAAAUAUUUCUUCUUAUACUUUUAAAAUUUUAUAAUUGAAAAGAAAAGAACAGGAAUGCCCACAAGGGAAUUCAAAGAGAUUCUAUGAGAGAGCUAUGAAGUGUAAUAUUUUACAGUUAAAACACGGAUAUAUUUAACUUUGCACUCUUUGUACUUUUCAUAAACAUUCCCUCCUAUCCUGUCUGUGAACUUGGAUGGGUAACUGCAAUCUAAAUGGAUUAAAUACAUAAUUUUUAAGUGAAGAACAACAUAUAUAUAGUUCCUCAUGUAUUACUUUAUUAUGUUUCAUUGAUGAUAUUACUUAAGAAAGCUUUUGUUUGCCAUUAGUGCCCUAUGUGAAUUAAGAGCACAAUUACGUUUUAUGUAAAUAUUUUUCAAAGGAUUAGGCAUUCUCAAGUGCAUAGGCAUUUAUUUACAUAAGGCAUUCGUGUAUAUCCACAAAUACUACUAGGUUACUAGUAACUGUAUUUUUAUUUUCUUGAGCAACUGUAUCUAAUUCAAAUUUAGAAUAGGCAUAAAAUUUUUUUGUAUUAAAACUGUGGCAUACUUAUAAAAUAAAUAAUUCUAGUAUUGAGAACUUUCUCUUCUAUAUGUUAAGUUCAAAAUAGUAAAUUAUUUUACAAAUGCUGUAUUGUGAGAUUACAUCUCACAGUCAUAACUGCUUUUAAAGGAUUAUUUUUAUUUUGGGGGAAAAAAGCUGAGCGGGUCAAUUCAAUACAUGGCUGAAAUUACCAAAUGUACAAAUACCUCAAUUUCAUUACCAUACAAAAAAUAAAACUAUUUUGAUUGAUCAGUUCCUUAGUAUGAAUAUCCACCUCCUUUAAAUACUCUAUUUUUAUAUAUAUUUUUGUAUGAAAGUAAACAUGAAUUUAUAUUUAACUGUCUUAAAUUAUAUUUAAGCACAAAUAUCACUUGAUAUAAACAAUACACAUCUGCAUCUGACGGAUGAUGGAUUUUUUAAAAGGAUGGUACAGAAUUAGCUUUUAAAAUGAAAGAUUUUUCUAGUAUCUGCAGCUAUAUGCAAGCAUUAUUUUUAGGUUUUCAAUGUGUUUUUUGAAUGAUAUAAAAUGUCAUCAAUUCAUGCCACCUCUCCAUUGUGUUUUAGUGUAUUACAUAGUCUAUAAGAGGAUUAUAGUCAGUGGGUGUUUCUUGUAAUUUACUGUCAACCUGAUUGUAAUAACCGUCUGACUGAGGUUAGUCUGGCAUUUACCUCUUCACCAUUGAAAUAAUAAUGGAUUUUAGAAACAAUUGUAAUAAUAGUAUUAAUAAAUAUCUUAUUAGUA